UGUGCACUGGUCAGUAGUCGUUACGACACCGCAGCGUAAACAAAUAAAAGAUUGCGUCGACUUGUUCGAUUACAGUUCGAGUGAUUCUCGUGACAAGUGAAAAUUUAUAUAAAUUGCUUAAAGCGAUUGAGUGUUGAGUGAGUUUUUGUUACGUUGAAACCACAAGUGAAAAUAUUACAUAUCAAAAUAAGCGAUUGAGUGUUGUGUUAGCUUUUAUAACGACAUGAACUGUUUGAAGAAAUUGAAAAUCAUGCGAGAAGGGGUCAAUUGGAAGAUUAAAAAAGAUCGAGUCGAAUUUCUCCGACAGCUUUAUCCGUUAGUCGGAGAUUGGAAGGGCAAACUGCCAAAUCUUCGGAAUAUUUUUCGAGGCACAGAAGUGGAUUGGCUUCUCGUCGAGAGUGUGAAAAGCUUGAACAGACUCAAUGCAACUCUAGUUGACCAAUUUAUCGGAUUUGUGGUUAGAACCGGUUACAAAGACGUACAUCAAGUCGAUGCAGACGGCGAUUCAUCGUCGCGUCGUACCACUGCAAUUCACUGGGCAGCUAAAAUAAAUCGCAGUUCGAUCAUUCCGGAUCUGUUUAAAAUAUACGAAAGAUUCGACGUGAAUUACACCGACAAAUCGGGAAUGUCGCAUUUUCACUUGGCCUGCCAGUACGACUGCGUCGACGUCGUUGAGAAAUUUCUCGAGCUCGGUCAAGAUCCGAAUCUGGUCGUGCCCAAAACAGCUGACUCGUCUCUUCACUUGGCCCUUCGACACAAACACAAAAAAGUAGUCGAAUUACUGUUGAUUAAUGGAGCCGAUCCAAAUCUAUCUAACCAAGACGGACUGACAGCUCUGCAUAUCGUGAGCCAAGAAAAACUCGAUGUCGACUUCGCCGAGAUGAUAUUCGAGCUCAGCAACGAAAAAUAUCAUCCGGUGCAAAUUGACGUCCAGGAAAAAGGGGGUGAUACGUCAUUGCACUUGGCUGUGAGAAAAGUCAACAAGAAGGUAGCCGAAUUGCUGCUGAGAAGAGGCGCAAACUUGAAUUUAGUCAAUAAGAGAGGAUCGACUUCUCUGCAUAUCAUUUGCCAGAGACACAACCACGAUGAUGCCGCAACUUUGGAACUAUUCUUCAACAUCAAUGAAGAAGUCAAUGAGUCGGUGCAAAUCGACGCGCAGAAUAAGAAUGGUAACGCAUCGCUACACUUGGCUUUAGACUGCGGCCUGAAGGAGGUGGCCCAAUUUCUGCUGAGAAGAGGCGCCGACCCGCACUUGGCCAACAAAAAUGGAUCGACGCCUUUACACGUUAUUUGCUCUAGAUACUCCGACGAUGAGUCGACGACUUUAUUGUUUAAUUUAUUUUUUGAAGUCACUAAUGACAUGCACCAAACGGUCGAUGUCAAUGCCCGAGACAAGUCGGGCAGUACACCAUUGCAUGACGCUGUCAAUCGCAGCAACAAGAAGAUAACCGAAUUACUGCUUAGAAAAGGCGCCAGUCCGAAUUCGGCCGAUGAGAAUGGAUCAACUCCUUUACACGUCAUUUGCGUAGACGCCUUGGACAAGUCAGGUCGGACACCGCUGCAAGAGGCCGUCGCUAAUUUCAUGCCGAAUUCCGUCGAUAUACUCUUGACUAAUGGCGCCGAUCUAUCUAAAUUCGUUUUUCCCACCGAGAGUGACUUCGACUGUAUAUUCGAAUCGUACUUAGACUUGGGCGAUGAGUACGAUUUCAGAUUGGAACAAGCGUGUGGCGUUCUGGCGUGCGUCGAGCGCCUGGAAAAACACAAAUACGAGAUGGAACGAGUCGGAGCCCUGACGAUCAUGAAAACUUUCGCCAAACACCACAUGUUGAAUAAUUCAGUGGAUAUCAAUAGACACUUAAGUUAUUACAAAAAGUUCGAAGAGUCGUCGAAAAAUCAGAUGAUAAAUCCGAAAUUGUCGCUCUACGACUUGCUUCAGUUACGACCUUCAGAGGCGACCGAAUCAUUCACCAUGAAGGAAUUGAUGUCUCUAGCAAACUCGAAAGAAUUUCAUAUGCACGUAACCUGUACCGAGUUCCUGUGCGAGAUAAAGUACAGAAAAUUCUGCCGUCGUUGGACGUUGGAAUUUUUCUUGUCGCUGACGCGCUAUCAGCUGCCGAUUCUGUGCUGUGACAUGAUCGUCGAUAUGCUGACGAAGGAGGAUUGGUUGAAAAUAUGCCUGGCGGCAGAAAUCGAUGGGAAGGAAUAG